AUGGGUUCCUAUUCGCCAACUUCCCGGUUCAAGGACCUUGAAACCAUCCCUCUUGACCCCCAUUAUGCCCUCAAAGAGUCCUUUCAGGCCGAUCCGGACCCAAAGAAGGUAAUCCUUGGGUCAGGUUUAUAUCGAGACGACAAUUCAAAGCCUUGGGUACUCCCAGCCGUCAAGAAGGCUGAAGAAGUUGUUAAAAAAACACAAGACUCGGGGCGUUAUGAGUAUUUGCCUAUUUCAGGAUAUCCUGCCUUUGUUUCUUCAGCUCGACAGGUACUGUUUGGUCCUCAGAGCCUCAAAGAAACUCGUCUGGUCUCAAUCCAAACAAUUUCGGGAACAGGGGCCAACUUUCUUGGAGCGCGUUUCCUGGCUGAAACCCUGAAGCCAUCUGCUGUAUGGCUUUCAGACCCCAGCUGGGUCAAUCACGCCAAUAUUUGGGGUCUCGUUGAUGUCAAUGUCAAGCGGUACCCUUACUGGAAUGCAAAGACCAAGAAACUGGACUUUGAUAACAUGAUUGAGAAGCUUGAGGCUGACGCUGUUGCUGGGGAAGUCAUAUUGCUCCAUGCUUGUGCUCACAACCCUACUGGUGUUGACCCUACCAAGGAGCAAUGGAGAAAGAUUGCCGACGUUUGUGAAAGAAAGCAACUCUUCCCAUUCUUCGACUGUGCUUAUCAGGGAUUCGCUACCGGAAACCUUGAUGACGACGCAUGGGCCAUUCGCCAUUUUGUUAACCGUGGUACCAUGGAACUAGCCGUUUGUCAGUCUUUCUCCAAGAAUAUGGGCCUUUAUGGUGAGCGUGUUGGCGCUCUGCAUAUGUUUUGUGCAACAUCGGCAGACGCUGAAAAGGUCCGAGGUCAUCUCUGCCGCCUUCAACGAGGUCAGAUCUCUCAGCCCCCGACAAAUGGAGCGAGAAUUGCAGCGACCAUCCUCUCAGACCCCAAAUUGUUCCAAGAUUGGAUCGCAGAUCUUGAAGAAAUGAGCAAUCGGAUCAAGGAUAUGCGAAAGGCUCUCCAUGAAAACCUCAUGAUACUUGGCACGCCAGGUCAAUGGGAUCACAUUGUCUCCCAGAUCGGCAUGUUUUCGUACACCGGAUUGACUCCUGAGCAAGUUGCGUCUAUUCAACAAGAUAGCCACGUUUAUAUUUUGAAGUCGGGUCGUAUCUCAGUUGCAGGACUUAACACUAGAAAUGUUGAGUAUGUGGCAAAGGCACUGGAUACGGCUUCGACUGUCACUUCACCAGACCGUGUCAAAGCCGGUAGCUUUAUUGAGGUGAACUGUUCUAUCAAGUCGCCUAACGGAAAAUACGACUUUGUCCUUCAGGGAGAUGGAAACUUCUGUGAUGACGGCAAUCUGAAACUCCUCGAUGACCGUGGGAGAGAAAGAUGGUCAAGUGGUAGUGGAGGCAAGGGCAAUGCCAACUCGGAACUUGUCAUUAUGGACAACGGAAACGUUGUUAUCAACACUGAUGGCAACGUUAUCUGGAGCACCAACACAACACAGCCCGGGGAGACUACAGCAUCCGCUCCUGUUUCUGCCACUCCAGGUGCACCCGCUCCUGAGCCAGUGAAAGCCCCCUCUUCUCCUGAUCGAGUCAUGGCUGGUGGUGCUCUAGGACUAGGCCAAAGCAUCGUGUCUGCCAGUGGUGAAUACACUCUCGUCAUGCAAAAUGACACCAACUGCUGCUUGUAUAAGAAGGACCAAGGCUGCAUCUGGGCCAAGGGCAUGAGUCCUGGCAAUUCUGCACAGAGCAUCAGCUUUCGCACGGAUGGCGAACUGGAAAUUCUUACUUACUUCGGAGACCCCAAGUGGCGAGCGGGCACUGCUGGCAGAGGUAACGCGAACUCAUACUGGCAGAUCCGAGAUGACGGAAACAUGGUUAUUGUCACCGAUGGCAAGAUUGUGUGGUCGUCCAGAACUGGUCCGGCCUUGCCUGAACUGAAGAAGACUUCGGUCAAGGGUGGCCAGAGACUUUUGCCAGGCGAGAUGCUUACUUCAGCCAACGGACAGUAUACACUUACCCUUACUGAUGACAUCAACUUGGAACUUGCUCAAGACAGCACCGUAUUGUGGUCUUCUGCCAGUAGAACCGACUACGGCUGGGGUUUCAACAAAGGAGGUGCAGGCGGCUGGGCACAAGUCAACAGUAAUGGCACUUUAGAGAUUUUUGUUGAGGAUGAUUUCGAGAAUGGUUCGAGAUAUAUAUCUCAGAAGGAUUGUCAGCGAGGUCCAGGAGACGUCGUUCUACUCGUGCAAGACAGUGGAGUCGCAAGCAUGACUUACAACGGUCUUCCGGUUGGUAUAAUCAAUUUGCUCAAGCCCAGAGACAUCAUCAAGGCGGGGCAGGUCAUCCAGUCCUCCAAUGGAGAACAUCAACUCAGUCUCCUUCCAAAUGGUAAUCUUCAGGUCUACCACGUCAGUGCCAAAGUCACCGGCGUAUUCACUACCAUCCCCAACUCGACCAUUACAGACGCGACAUACCUGACCAUGGGCGAUGACUUGGUGGUUGAGAUUCAGGGCGCGGACAAACGAAGUCUCUGGCGCUCUCCAAACCGACAGCCAGAUCGACGUGAUCGCGAUCUUUAUCGUGAUAGAUCUGAUGGUGAUGAUUUCGGACGAUCUUCUCGCAACAGGGAGCCACCGCGUCCAAUUGGACUGAUGAUCUAUAAUGACUCCAACAUCUUUAUCCAGACUCCCUACAACUUUGAGCCGUGGCGAGUCUCGUCUGCUGCCACGCUGGCAUCUGUUGGUGAUGCUCUUCGGCCUGGCACUCAGCUCAAGGCCUACCAGUGCCUCAGGAGCGUUAAUGGCGAGUAUACUGCAUACCUCGACAGCCAAGGUGACUUCAAGCUGAUGCAGACUGAGUCAAACUAUUCGAGUUUACUUUGGAGAUCAAAGACGGGUGGUGCGGAUAGUGUCUGGAUGAACAGUCAUGGGGGUUUGUGUGUGGGUUCCAAUGGGCAAGCAUCUUAUCAGAGCAACCCUGGUCAGCUUGGAGAGGGUGAUCUUGUUCUUGUUGUUCAAAAUGAUGGAAAUAUGUGCAUUUACUUGGGUGGUAACUGCAGGUUCUCGUCCAACACGGCUCAUGGAUUCCCAAACAUUGAUUCACUUUACUAG